UGCAGGCCUCGGAGGCCCGGCGUCCAUUGCAGGGCUCGGAGGCCCAGCCGCCCCAACGUCCUCCUACGCGCUCUGCGGCUGUCGCCCUACCUGGGGCCGGGUGGGCCUGGCGGAAAGAGGUUCGGCGCGGCCAGGUUGGCUGGAGGGCUGUUGCCUUUCCCGGAUCUCGUCCCCCGCCGCCCGAGGUCCGCGGGCGGCAUGGCAGGAGCUGCGGACGAGCGCCCGCCUGGUCCCGCGGUGGAGGAACAGCUGCAGCAGCAACACGUCGCGUGCCAGGUCCUACCCGAGCGGCUGGCUGAGGGGAAGCCCGGGCAAGGGUUCCUUUCCAGCUUCUUCACCAACAACCAGAAGUGCCAGCUUAUGCUCCUGAAGACUCUGGAGACAAAUCCAUAUGUCAAACUUCUACUUGAUGCCAUGAAGCACUCAGGUUGUGCUGUUAACAGAGAAAGACACUUUUCUUGUGAAGACUGUAAUGGCAAUGUCAGCGGAGGCUUUGAUGCGUCAACAUCUCAGAUUGUUUUGUGCCAGAACAACAUCCGUAAUCAGGCCCAUAUGAACAGAGUGGUCACCCAUGAGCUCAUUCAUGCCUUUGAUCACUGUCGCGCUCACGUCAACUGGUUCACUGACGUCAGACAUUUGGCCUGCUCCGAAGUUCGAGCUGCUAACCUUAGUGGAGACUGCUCACUUAUAAAUGAAAUAUUCAGGUUGCAUUUUGGAUUGAAACAACACCAUCAGACUUGUGUGCGAGACAGAGCCAUUCUUUCUAUCCUGGCUGUUAGGAAUAUCAGCAAAGAGGUAGCCCAAAAGGCUGUUGAUGAAGUUUUUGAAUCUUGUUUCAAUGACCAUGAACCUUUUGGAAGGAUCCCACAUAACAAGACCUACGCAAGAUAUGCUCAUAGAGACUUUCAAAACCGUGAUCGGUAUUACUCAAAUAUAUGAAGACAUUUUAUAAAUGGAGCUUCUGUGUUCUGAAGAAAAUAUAGUUCUUAAGUGGAUAAAUGUAAAAUGUAUGUGAUCAAUUAAAUACAGAUAAAAGAGAAAAGGUACUGAUUCUAGCAUAUGAUCAGAAAAAGUAACUGUGGUAAAAGUGAAACUGCCUUAAACUCCAAGGCAAAAAUUGUAACUUUGUAGUUAACCAUUUGGUAGGUAAGGUAAAUAAAUUACAUUUUUGUAUUUUUUAUGUUGUACUUGUGUUUUUUAUUAUUUAUGUUAUUUUUAGAUAGUGAUUUGUUUUUGUUACAUGUGAAUAUUUAAAAAUCUGAUUAUGAAACCCAUGAAAUGUGUCCUUGUAUGAAGUUGAUAUGUGACCACUUGGUAUUUACAUUAAAUGUAAAGAAAAUGUACUGAUUUUAUUAAAAGACAUUUAUUGAGAUGUUAUCAUGGUCAAAAUAUGCAAAGAAUUAAAGUUGGGAAUGGUUCAUUCAA